GCAGCCGGCGCCGGGCUGGAGCUGCAGCUGCGGGGACGGCGGGGCGAGUUGGUGGUAAGUCUUGCAGGAGGCAGGAGGGCGGCGGCGGGUCCGGGGCGGAGGGGCAGCUCCUCGGGCGAGGGCUGUGGGCGGGGGGUAAACAUUUCGUAUUUUCCACAACAGAAAAAUACAAAAGGAGAAGACCAGAUACAUAAGAAGAACGAAAACAAACCAAUGAUUCCCCCUUCCACAAACACAUUUGAAAGGAUAUAAAUCGUUGCUCUAUUUUAGUAUGGAGGGAGGAAAGGAGUAAAAGAGAAAAUGUGACUAUUGUACAGGUUUAAUAGAUUUUUAAUGUGUGUGUAUCUGUUUAAUUCUAUCCAUGUUUAAUUGUCUUUUAAAAACGAUUCCCCUCCUUAGUUUUCUAUGUUUUUAGCUGUGUUUACGCUAAGCCCUGUCAGGGUUGAAAGACGGGGCAUAAAUAAAUAUAUAAUAAUAAAAAUUCAAAAACAUGUCGGAGCUUGCUUCCAAAUGACACGUUAGUCUCCCAGGGCUUUCAAAAGUGGGAGGAGGGGAUACAGGAUUAUGUUGUGUCUGCAGAUGGGAAGAAAUCACUUGGAUCUUGGAACAUUAUGUUUGCAAGACCAGAAAGUCCUACAGACCAAGGAAAGUGCUUGCUGUUUGUUUACUAUUAUUUCAUUUGUUUCUUAAAAUUAUACACCAUUUGAUUGUUGUUGUUUUUUAAAAAGCUCAAAGCGGUUUUGAAAAAAAGAUCACAACUAUACUUUAAAAACAUAUGACAGUUAAAGUACUAAAAGAGUUUAAAAUUACAGCAGCUUUCUGUUGCAUCACAGGAAACGAGUGAAAGUCGCCAUAAGUUGCUGCUGCUCCCAAACCAAAGUCCAUCACCAUCAUCAUUUGCAUGCUAUCUUUCCAUAGCUAAAGCUAUGCUCAAGGCAGCUCACAGCAUGAAAAUAUUUUCAUAAUUGCAAACAUAACAAAAGUAGUCAUAUUCUGGGUGCUGUAAGGUUUUUCAGCCAGGCUUGAGAUUGGAAUUGUGAGGACACUGGGAAAUUUCUCCUGGGGCUGCUCUAGAGGUAUUUUUAAUAUUCAAAAGUCUGGAGAAAAGCCUCCUGGUGCUUUUUUGUAUUUGUAGCUCACCUUUGUCUCUCUUUCCUAAGCUAAUUGCACUCUGACCUGUUGAAAUCUCAUUCUCUCCCAUCCGGCCCCUCUUCCCUUUUCUAGGAAAGCAGGGGCAGUAGGAGUUCUGUGUGCUAAACCCUAUUUAUUUCAAGAGAGUGAACAACCCUAUGGUAUGCAGGAUUGCUUCAGUUCAGCCUCCUGGAGUUUCUAGCACCACCCCCUUGGGCAUAUAGCUUCUCCAACCAAUGUUCUCCAGGAUAUUGCAUAAAAACUUCCACCUCUGCUUUAUGGGGAAACUGCUCCCUGCCAGAUGUGAUUCGACUCCAGCUCCCACUCAGCUCAGCCAACAGUCGGAUGUUGGGAAUAUUGUCCUGAAAAACCUGCAUGGCCACAGGUUCCCCAUCCCUGUUUUAUACGUCUUGCAUCUGGCUUGGAAGGAAAAGCUCAGCAAAUGCUGCCUAACCAUGACCCAAGCGUAUAUUUGGUUUCUUCUGCAACAUGAUAUUGAUGCCAUUUGGACUCUUUUCUUAAGCUCAGAAACUGCUUCCGCUUUCCACAUAAACAUUUUCAGAUUGCACAGUUGUUUCAGCAUGGCCUUUCUUGUGCUUAUUUUAGUCUUUCAUAUUUUUGAAAAUACAGUGGUACCUCGGGUUACAGACGCUUCAGGUUACAUACGCUUCAGGUUACAGACUCCACUAACCCAGAAAUAGUACCUUAGGUUAAGAACUUCGCUUCAGGAUGAGAACAGAAAUCGUGUGGCAGCAGCACAGCAGCAGCGGGAGGCCCCAUUAGCUAAAGUGGUGCUUCAGGUUAAGAACAGUUUCAGGUUAAGAACAGACCUCCAUAACGAAUUAAGUUCUUAACCCGAGGUACCACUGUAAGAAGUUAGAAUUGUAAGGGAGAGGGAGGGAGAGAAAGAAAGAAAGAAAGAAAGAAAGAAAGGGUGGUUGAUUAUAAAUUACAGAAAAUAAAGAAGAAAAUUAAAGGGAAACAGUUCUAUGUUGCUGUAUCAUUACUGAUUUUAUCAUUACAGCAAGUAUAAUGUGCCAUUUUUUCUAUAACUUUACAUUCUUGUUGAUUCAUGGAUUCCUUUAUUUGUUUAGCUAACAGUUUCCCAAAUCUCUCUUUGUGUUUAAUGAUUCUUGCCUGACUAGUUAUUGUUGCUGUAAUUAUUAUGAUGUAUUUUUAAAGUACCUACAAAAUAUACCGAAACUUCCUAAAAUACCUGACUCAGGAUUAGCCCAUUGUGUUUGACUGUUAACUAGAAUCAUAGAAUUGUAGAGUUGGAAGGGACCCCGAGGGUCAUCUAGUCCCCUGCAAUGGUAGUUCUGAUACCACCUGGAUCAUCUUUCCCCAGUUUGGUACCCUCUAGAUCAGGCCUCCUCAACCUCGGCCCUCCAGAAUCCUGCUCUAGAUCAGUGUUUCUCAACCUUGGGUCCUCAGAUAUUGUUGCAACUACAACUUCCAUCAUCUCUAGCUUGGCGGGACCAGGGGUCAGGGAUGAUGAGAGUUGUAGUCCAAGAACGGAUGGAGAUCCAGGUUUAAGAAACACUCUGCUUGGCAUUUUGGAUGGCAACAUCCGUCUGCCCCAGCCUGCAUGACUGCGCUGGUUGGGAGCUGUAGUCCCAAAAACCUGGAGUGACCUAGGGAACUGUAGCAGAUUCUGCCUUCUUUCUUGGGGAGAGACCAUAACUUGGUGCGGACAGUGUGUUUGCUACUGUAGAAUGAUCAGGCUUAAUUUCAGUUCCUGACAUCUCUGGCUCCAGGAUCUUGAGUAAGCAAGCAGGUAUGAGGAAGAUCUCAACUUCCAUUCAAGCUGGGAGAUGGGGGAGGGGAGGUCUCUUCUAACCAGCAUGAGCAGCAAGGGAGGCUUUGCCAGAAGUAUCCUGUUGGGCCCUUAUCUUCUCACCCCAAAUUCCCUCUGGCUUGGCUUGUGCGUAGGAAUGGGACCGUAUAGGGCUUUGCCAAACUCCUGCUGUAGACACUGAAGCAGAUGGGAUCAGGAGCUAUGCUCAGAGCCAAAGAGAAAUUCCCAUGUGUACCCUGGAUCCCUAGCUGCCUAUCCUUGAUCAAAAUGUAAAAGUAUUUGCAUUGCUGUCCUACUAUCAACCCAGCAGCUGGCAGUAACUAAAAAAACCCACACACCCAAUUGAAGGAUAUUAUGGCAGCUGUCUGAAGCAGCUUACUGUGUAAGGGCUUGGGAUAAUCAGUGACUAUUGUGUGAAAUACUGCUAGAUUGCCUCUUUUUAAAAACAAGAUCAAUAAGGAUAUAGUUCCCAGUGUAUUUGAAGAAAAGCUUUAAAAGCAAGGGCAAAACUCGAUAGGAAAUUAGGCUUCAGUUCACUUAUUACAGAAGGAUUCAAUUGGAUUGAGAGGAACUGGGUGACGAAAUUUGUGGCAUUAAUGCCUUGUUUCUCUCCCCCUCCAACACCCCACCACCUAUGUAAAUUAGAUUUAUGAGGGUGGACACAGUUUUAAAGCAGCCAAGUGUGUUGAAGUUGUGCUAUCCAGGUAGAAGCAAUUAUUCAGUGUGGCUGAAGCCACAGUGUGGCUACCAUAAGAGAAUCCAUCCCACCAUGUUUUCUCUUUUUCUCUCCUGUUUUCACAAGUGACUUAGCCCUAAAUCUCUCACAUUCUUUGUCAUAGUUCCAUAAUCUCAGGUUUCUCCCUGGAUUUAUUUUUUUAAUGAUUUUUUAAUUAAUUGAAAAGCAUGUUUUAGUUUGGAAGUGUUUUUUUUUUGUUUCGUUUUGAGCUUCUGCUUUUUGCUUUGCUUAUUUAAAACAGUUUUUGAAAGGGAAUCAUUGUCCUAGAUUGAGAAACGUCUUCAUAAAUGUCUUUAUAUUACAGCUUGAAAUAACAGUGAUCUUCUUCGUAUUUUUCUCAGGAAUAAUGUUACCAUGUCUGUACACGCCUUGCUGUGCGAGAGGAUUGCUAUUGCAGAGGAGCUCAUCAAGAGGGCAGAAGCCCUUUCCAGGUUCCGGAAAGGAGGCAUAGAAGGCGGAUCAAAACUCUGCAGCAAGCUAAAGGCCGAGUUAAAGUUCUUGCGCAAGGUGGAGGCUGGCAAGGUAGCCAUCAAAGAGUCUCACCUGCAAAGUACCAAUCUCACUCACCUGCAGGCCAUCAUUGAGUCAGCUGAAAACUUCGAGGAGGUUGUCAGUGUUGUCCAUGUCUUCACGUAUGAGGACCAAUUCGGGGAGAAACAGAGCUUGGUGGUGGACGUUGUUGCAAAUGGUGGCCACACCUGGGUGAAAGCCAUAGGUCGAAAGGCUGAAGCCCUGCACAACAUUUGGCUGGGCAGGGGCCAGUAUGGUGACAAAAGCAUCAUUGAGCAGGCAGAGGAUUUCCUGCGAGCAAGUGGCCAGCAACCAGUGCAGUACAGUAACCCGCACAUUAUCUUUGCUUUCUACAACGGUGUGUCCUGCCCAAUGGCACAGAGGCUGCAACAGAUGGGCAUAUCGGUGCGGGGAGACAUUGUUGCCGUGAAUGCAUUGGUGGAGUGUGCUAGUGAAGACCUCCCAUUGAGCUCUGGCGAAUCUGAUGAAGGAGGGGAGGGACUUCAGGUGACCAAAGUAGAUCGGGACAACUUAAUAGCUAGUGUUGCUUUUCCUACAGAGAUCCGAGUAGACGUGUGCAAGAGGGUUAACUUGGAUAUUACUACUCUGAUCACAUACGUCUCUGCCCUGAGCUACGGAGGCUGUUACUUCAUCUUCAAGGAGAAAGUAUUAACAGAACAGGCAGUGCAGGAGAGGGAAGAGAGUGUUCUCCCACUCCUGGAGGAUUUCAUGAAGGGCAAGGAGCUGUUUGCUUGUGAAUCUGCAGUCAAAGACUUUCAAGUCAUUUUAGAGACUUUGGGAGGGGCGGGUGAGAAAAGUCGAGCCUUGUUACUCCUGGAGAGAAUCAACGUGGUGCCAGACCAGCCCUCUGAGCGUGCCUUAAGACUAGUGCCCAGCUCCAAAAUCAAUAGCCGUUCUCUGACCAUCUUUGGCACAGGAGAUGCUUUAAAGGCCAUCACCAUGACUGCAAACAGUGGCUUUGUGAGGGCAGCAGCUAACCAGGGCGUUCGAUUUAGUGUGUUUGUUCAUCAGCCGAGGGCGCUGACAGAAAGCAAAGAAUCUUCUGCCACACCUUUACCAAAGCAUUCAGUUGGGCCCUAAUGGUUCAGGAGUAGUCUGCGGCCAUUAAAAUAAAGAGUACUAGUGGGUAGAUCUUACCCAACAUUUGUUUGUUUAUAAUGUCUACAGUUUCAAAAGCAAAGCUUUAAAAACAUACAUGCAAAGAUAAUCUACCCACAGGGCAGAGAGAAACAUGAUGUGGGACCUGGGGCUGCCAAGAAAGUAUUGGGGCUGAGUUGAAGUCCACCUGCACCUAGUUAUGGUGCCAGGUGCAACUUAUUGUAUGUGCUGGCAUCAUUUUGCUGUGCAGUUCCUUGCUUCCAGUGCAUAUUGUACGAGAGGUUGGGGACAUGUGCAAAUGGACACCAGGCUACUGCUUUGGCUGCAGCCCUGCUGUGUUCCUUGUAAAGUUUUCAUUCUGUCCUGGGGUGAGGCACAUUUAAGUCCCAUACAUUUAUCCUAUUGAUAAAUGUCAUGCUUCCAUGUGGGACUUCAAAGUGCAUGCAUUUGGCUGGAUUAUGUUCCAGCUUUCUGCCCAUGGCAUAAGGUCCUAUGUUUUCCAGGAUCUGUCUUCAGAUGAAAACUGUACGGAAUGAAGAAGAGCAGGACAUGAUGUGGAAUAUGUGGCAGAAUACGCCAUGGGUACGAUCCCACCAAAGUGAAGCACACUUAAACCCAUUUAUUUAAAUGUGAACGCCUUGGGCACCUGCUAACGUCUCUUACAGAAAGUAACAGGUCUUUUUUUAGAAAGCUCUAUGCAGCUAGAUUGUAAAUGGUAUUUUUGCAGAAUCCUUCUGGUUUUCUCUUUGAUGGUUCCACAGUAAUUUAUUUUAUUAGGCGUAAUUAAGUUGUUAACAGAGUACAGUGUAUCAUCAUAAUGUUACCAUUCAAACAGAACCAGUCUAUGGAGUCUUAGUGCUCAAAGGCUGACUUUUUAUGACUUUUCAGAUUUUACUGCUGAAAUCCUUAAAAUGGCUUGGGGUUGUGGGAGUGGGAAAACUUUAUAUUAGGGAUCAGAAUAGUGCAAUAUGAAUAAUAUGACAGCAACUGACAAAAUACAGAUGCAUUAUAAUUAAGAAGCGAAGUUAUACUAUUGAACUCUCCCUUGUUACUUUUACCAGCUGUGUUAGAGAAGUUGAAAUCUAUGCUCUAAUAAUAAUAAUAAUAAUAAUAAUAAUAAUAAUAAUAGAUGUUUUGCCCUGUUCCUAGUGCUCUAGGUCAGAUAUUUAGUUCACAUUAUGAAAAGGAGCAAGCAGGAACCUUUCCCCUAAACGGUGUCUUGGUACCUGCUCUCUCAACCCCCCCAUCUGCUCUACAUAUGCAUAAAUUAAAUAAAUAUACAAAAAGUUGGUGUUAAAAGUUGAGUUGAAUUCUGUCUCCUUCUGUGUGCCAUUCAGACGCAGAAAUGAGUUUAUACUUACUCAGCAUGGUCAUCAAGUCAGUGUCUACUGUGGGUUCUUAAACAUUCUGACUAUAGAGUGUGCUGUUUCUUUGAUACGGAUUGUGUAAGAAUAAAAUGAUAGUGUCAUACCUCGGGUUA